AUGACUGAGACCCGAUCGGUCCCGCCAAGCCGUGGACCCGUGCUGACGCCCACGGCGGCACCGGCCUCAGGCGAUGAGUCGGACUCCUCCAGUUCGUCCCGCUCCCGCUCGCCGCUGUCGCCCUCCUACAGGCGCCAUGAAGACGACUUCUGCGCCAAGUGGCAACUGGAUCGCCCAGCACGGCUACUGCUGCGGGAGCUGCCCUACGAGCAGCGCGAGCAGGCGAUGCUGAAGUUCAAUCCUUACACGGAGGUGAAGCAUGCGGACUACUCCAAGGUCUUUGCCGCCUGGACCCGUCGCUUCCGGAACUCGGUGAAGGACGGAGAUGGGGAGCAUCAUGAGCAGCGAGACAAUGGCAGGAAGCGCCAGGGCACGGAGCGGCUGCGGCGCCGUGAUGUGCGCGAGUUGGAGAAGCUGUUGAAGGACUUGUCGUUGCACGCUUCUGACAUCCGCCGUGCGAUGGUUUGGUGUUUGGACAACGAUGACAUGGCCAUCGAUGUCUCCAAACACCUACUAGAGAGUCUGGAAGAUGAGAAGAUCACAGCACAUGAGAGGUGCCUCCGACUGUGCUUGAUCUCUGAUAUUUUGCACAAUGCUGGGAGUCUCUACAAGCCUGGUGCCUUUGUGUCUAGGAUUGCACGAGUCUGA